GGGUAUCGAAAGAAUCGAUUCAUGGGAGUCGUUUCUAUUUGUUCUCUGGCUUGAGGAUGAAUAAAGUGAACUAAAGUCCAUGUCUGAAUGGAGCAACAUUACAGCUGUAUGAAUCUCCUUCUCUGCUGCUUUACAUCGUCUGUUGUGAUUCUGGAUCUGUUUGGGAACGUGUGUGUGUGUGUGUGUGUGUGUGUGUGUGUGUGUGAAGGAGUCGACUCACGACUGUGCGAGAACUUGAGCCGCAUCAACUGCACUGUGUCAAAGAGUCGGUUCUUCUAAACCGAUUCUAUUCGAUUCUAAAGCUUCAGAAUCGACUCUUUCAAUCCUAUGCCUGGAUUCCAGGAAUCGACUCUUUGUAAGAAUCGAAUCCCAGGCACAAUGUCACGGCAGGUGGAGCUGCUCCCGGUGCAACAAGUCGCGCGACAGCUUUGAGGAGGAGUUUCCGAAACCGGGGCCGGUGAUUGGGGCUCGCGCAUGAACCGAGUCGUUACCCGGCUGGAGAAGUGUGCACCUGCCGUGGAGCUACAGCCAUGGAGAGACUACUGAGAGAACAUGCCUUAAAACCAGAGCCCGAAAACGUCUUCGACAUCCUGGAGGAGAGAAGGCGGGGCAGUGAUAUAAGCCACGCCCUCAGGACUUUUAGCGCUCAGCCGUAUCGCGGAGCCACGCCUCUGUCUGUGAGCGCCCUCAACAGGAUGGUGCAGGAGUCACAGUAUCUACGCUACGUUAUCUCUGAGGUACACUCCAUGCAGAUAGCCGUGGAGUCGGGUGAGCCGCAUGAGUGUGUGAAGGAGGAGGCCGUGAGCAUCUUAGAGGAGAUGAGUCAGAACCUGCAGCUGAGCUUCAUCCGCCUCAUGGGUUUCGCUCUCACUAAAGUCUUCAAGAGGCUCUUCAGCUCCAUACGGGUGAACGAGGACGGACUCGCACGGCUCCAACAGGCCAUUCAGGAGCAUCCGGUCAUUCUGAUGCCCAAUCACAGGAGCUACAUCGACUUCCUGAUUCUUUCCUAUAUCAUGUUCACCUAUGACCUUUCCAUCCCCGUCAUCGCUGCUGGAAUUCCGCUGAUGGGAAUGUCUCUGAUUGGUGAGAUCUUGCGCCGGUCCGGAGCGUUCUUUAUUCGCCGUGCGAUUGGAUCGGAUAAACUCUACUGGGCCGUGCUCUCUGAGUACGUCAGGACCAUAGUGCGGACAGGUUUUGCUCCUCUAGAGUUUUAUGUGGAAGGACUGCGCAGCAGGACGCUCAAAUCUCUGAAGCCCAAACUGGGGAUGAUGCAGAUGGUCUUGGAGCCGUUUUUUAAAGGCGAGGUGUACGACAUCACUCUGGUUCCGAUCAGCAUCAGCUACGAUCGCGUCCUGGAAGAAUCUCUGCUUGCUCACGAGCUGCUCGGCGUUCCCAAACCCCGAGAGACCACCAGGGGUUUGCUCAAGGCUCGCCAGGUUCUGGAGGAAAACUACGGCUGCAUGCAUGUGUACUUUGGGAAACCGGUGUCUGUGAGAGAGCUGGCUAAGGGGAGAAUCCACCGCGGUCAGUACAACCUGAUACCCAGGGAUCUGCCGCUGAAGCUCAGUGCGGAGCUGCAGGAGUUUGUGAGUGAUGUCGCUCACUUGUUGGUGCAGUUGCAGGAGCGAGAUCUCGUUCUCAGCCCGUGGACUCUCAUGGCGCUGAUCCUCCUGCAGAACCCUGAUGGUGUGGAGUGGAACACGUUUACCCAUAAAACCCUGCGCCUGAGGACAUUCGCUGCUCAACUCGGAGCCCGAAUCGACUGGCCUGCACAGCUUCCUGACUCAGAGGUGAUGUUGUCCAGCAUGGCCCUGCAUCACUCUCUAGCACGCUUUGAGAACGGGCAUGUCCGAUUGGUCGAGGAGGCGGGGCCAGGACCCGUCACUCAACAGGAGGCCGUGUUCCGGCGAGCGUCUGCGGUGCUCAUGUGCGCCUCCUACAGGAACCAAGCACUGCACGUGUUUACGCGACCUGCGCUGGUUGCCGUUGCCAUGACAACAGCGCCAAGCUACAGCAAAGACGAUGUCUUCAGCCGCUUCUGUUUCCUGCAAGAUCUUUUGGCAAAUGAAUUCAUCUUCAUGCCUGGCCAUGCAGCGCAGGAUUUUGAGGAGGGCUGCUCUGGCCUGCUGCGAUGUGGAGCUCUGAGCAUCUAUGACCACGGACUGAGAGUGAUUGAAGAAGAGCAGGACACCAUUGUCUUCCUGAGCGCCGUCCUUAAACCGUUUAUUGAAACAUACCAGGUGGUGUUUCGAGUUUUGUGUGAGGAAACAUUUCAGACGUUUACGGAGAAGAGGUUCGUGCCUGACGCCCGUGCUGCCAUCAUGAAGCUCUUCCUCUCAGGUGAGGUGCGGUCGUACGAGUGUUUGUCCUCCGACACACAGAAGAACGCUCUCUCGGCUCUGGUCAGGAUGGGAGCUGUGUCUAAAUCCAGGGUAGCUGAACAGUUUGAGUACAGGGUGAACCACAGUGCAGUGAGGAGAAUAUGGGACACGCUGGAUGGCAGCGUCACGUCCAAGGUGCCGCUGUACUCGAGACUGUGACAUGACCCUCCAUUUCUGCUCUUUUUAUAUAAUAAAUAAUGAGUUAAAGUAGGACCUUCCACAGCCUGAGCGAUACUAAUUACAAAAUAAUCCGAACAAACCCAGGACAAAGAACAUUCCCGCAGAAAAUUCCCAGAAUUCCCUGCUCUAUCAUGAACGAAUUUGGCAGCUGGUGUCACUUGAAGUACGAACGCUCAGAGGUGUAAAGAUAUUAGCACUAAACACAUUUCACUGCCAGGUAGGUGUGGAACAGUGUUCAGUACACCACAGUAUUAAAGUUCCAGCAUCUACACUGAUGAUUAUUUAGUACCAUUGAUUAUCUAUUACUUCCUGUACCAGAAUAAAUAAUCUGUAGGUUUUCAGUGACUGUAGAUACAUUAAUACACAGGUCUGUCCCUGCUGAUGUGUAAUUGUAGAUAUUUUGAUUUGUAGAUAGUAAUUUAUAAUAAAAAAACAGACUAUCAUUAUAGUGUUUCAAAGCAAUGUGAAAUAGCACAAUGUAUAAUAUUGUAUAAUACAUUAGGAAUAAAAAAGGUUUCUGAUUAAAUAAACAUGAUUCCAC